AUGGGGAUGUUCAAUAAAGCUGGCGUUACUGCACUGCGGAGUAGUCUCUUGCGCUACCAGCCCGCGUCUCUACUGACAACGGAGCUUGGUGUAGCGGCGCGCUCCACACUCUAUCGUCGUCGCCUUGCGGCUGUGCACGGAUGCGGGUGCACUGCGGUACGUAACAGCCAUCGCGGAUUCUUCACAGCCACAGCUGCUGCGAAGAAGGCCGAGAUGACAGCUCAAGAUGAUGAACAACGAGAAGUGGAGGAGGGGGAUAAGCAGCAGCAGCAGCGGCGAAAUAAGGGGAAAGAAAAGGCGGCGGCAGAGAAAGCCGCUGAGGAAAUGGCCUCCGAAGAGUGGAGUUCGAGUGCGUUUGAUCGCAAGAAGCUGAACGGCAUUGAGGACACCCUCGCCAGGCUGCGCGAUGGCACCUUGCGGCAAUACGAUGACGUCUUCCACUUUCUCCCCUACGCGAAUUACAACCACUCGAUGGUCAUGCUGCUCGGCAACCACAGCGCUGGCAAGUCCACCUUCAUCAACUACCUGCUGGGUCGCGAGGUGCAGCGGACAGGGGUGGCGCCGACGGACGACGGAUUUACGAUAAUUCAGCGCGGCAGCAAGGACAGUGAGGAUGACGGCCCCACAAGCCUGAGCGACCCGCGGUACCAGCUGCAAGACCUGCAGAAGUUUGGCCCACACUUUGCGCACCGCUUCCGCGUGAAGACGCGGCGCCUGCCACCCACGUCACGUGUGCCGCCCGGACUGAUGAUUGUGGACUCACCAGGAAUGAUUGACACACCUAUACAUGUGCGCGACCGCACAUCGCUGGAGGGGCAGCUGCGCGGUUACGACUUUCUCGCCGCCACGCGGUGGUUCGCGGCACGCUGCGACGUGAUUCUGCUCGUGUUUGACCCCGCCAACCCCGGCACAACGGGUGAGACACUCGACGUCCUCACGAAGUCUCUCGCAGGGUUCGAGCACAAGUUCCUACUCGUGAUGAACAAGGUGGACAUGUUCGAUAAGGCGACCGACUUUGCACGGGCGUAUGGAGCCCUCUGUUGGAACCUGAGCAAGGUGCUGGAAAUGAAAGACAUACCUCGCAUCUACACUACCUUCGUUCCUGUGAGAGUGCAUGGUGGUGAGAGUGACAGCAGUGUUGCCAAAGCUGCACCGGCGGCGGCAGCAGCAGCAGAAGCGGAUGCUGCUGCGCCAGAAACAGCAGGAACAAUUAUUGCGAAUGGGGCCGAAGCAAAAUUGCCUACGACCCCGUUAGACGAUGCGAAUGCGACAGCAGUGGUGACUCAGGAGUUCGUGCGACAGCGGGACGAGGUGGUGGAGGAGCUGCUGCGUGCUCCGCUGCGCCGCCUCGACAACCUCAUCACGGAGACGGAGGAGGGUGCGAGGCGCAUUCUCCUCGCUGGACGCGUGUGCAACGCCAUCGUGUGGAAGUACCGCGAGCGGCAGGUAGUUGCGGUAUUGGUGCCGGCGACACUCCUCUGCGUCGCCGCGCUGCUGCUGAGUUUAGGCGGUUUCUCCACAACCAUGCUGUCGCUCGCCGGCAUGGCGCUUCUCGCGUCAGGUGGUACGCUGUACGUAUCGUUCAUGGGCCUGAAGAAACUCGAGAUGGAGUUACUCGAGAACAGUGACGUGAUUGUGGACCGUUUGUUCAUUGGACGGGAGAAGACACUUGAUCUACAGCUGCGCUGGAAGAAUGCGGUGAAGCCGGAGAUCCUUGACCUGGCCGAGACUUCAGCAGUGGCGGAGCGUGGCGUUGUUGCGUCGCUGCCGACAUUCAGUCCCUGGGGACGCAAGAGAAUAGAGUCCGUGCUUAAGAACGACAUCCCAAAGCUGCGUCUCCGUGUCGCGGAGUACAAGCAGCAUCAUGUUGGAAAUGACGUUUUCUCUUCUUCACGUUGA